AUGAAGGGGUGGGUGAGAGUGGCAGUCCUGCUGCUAUGGCAGCUGCUAGGCGCUCAGGCUGCCGAGAUGCAGAUCGACCAGAAAGACGCGAACCGACAAGUAUGCUCCGGCAUGUACUCGAAGAAGUCUUGGGGAGGCGAGGUCGAUCCGUUCAUCCUCGUCAAGUUCGUGAAGCCGGACAAUAUACCCGAAGGCCAGGACCCAAUUGUCAGCUUGGUUGUAUUUGAGUGGCAGGACAGACCUUUGAUCGGCAGAAUUGAUGCCAAUGAUCCGCAGCAAGAGCAACUGUACCUCUGCGAUGAAGCCGCGAAGGCGGAAGGACUUUGCGGCGACGACGAUCUUGGAGGUUUCAUCCUUGCCAAGAACGCUACCCAAUCAUCAAAAUCCCUCAUACGCUCCGAGGCCAUUCAUCUCAAGGAUCCAGGCGCCGUCAACUACGCUGUCAAGAGGACUGGUUACUACUGUGUCAGCACAGCUGCAUACAGCGUGGAAUCAUACGUUGGUGUUGUGGAGUUCAGGAAUGCUUUCGGCGAGCUCCCAGCAGCACAGAUUGCUAAGCUGCCGUUCUAUGCGGCUGUCACAAUCGUCUACGCCUUCAUGGCCAUGGGUUGGGGAGUGCUGUACUGGAUGCAUCGAUCCGACAUUCUUGCUGUGCAGAACUACAUCACCGCCAUCUUGGUGUUCCUGGUCAUUGAGAUGUUCAUGACAUGGCUCUUCUACGACUUCCAGAACCGACACGGCCUCAAUGCAGGAGCCAAAGCGCUUUUGGUUGUGACCUCCGUUUUGAGUGCUGCGAGGAACAGCUUUUCAUUCUUCCUGCUGCUUAUUGUUUGCAUGGGAUAUGGUGUCGUGAAGCACACUCUUGGCAAGACGAUGUGGUAUGUGCGAGCCCUGGCCAUCACGCACUUCGUCUUUGGCGUCAUUUAUGCCAUUGCAUCGCUUUCAGUCACACCAGAAAAUGCUGGACCUCUGGUACUGCUGGUGGUUCUGCCACUGGCUGGCACUCUGACAGCCUUCUACAUCUGGACACUUAACAGCCUGAACUACACAAUGAAGGACCUCACCGAGCGGAAGCAAACGAUCAAGGCCGGCAUGUACCGCAAGCUAUGGUGGUGCAUCUUGACCAGUAUCAUCGUCAUCUUCAUCUUCUUCUUUGUCAACAGCUGGACGUUCGCAGGGCAGAGCGCAACCGACUUUGUGCCAAAUCACUGGCAAUCCAGGUGGUUUAUCCUUGAUGGGUGGCUCAACCUAGUCGCCUUUUUCGAUGUGGCCUUUGUUGCCUACGUGUGGCGGCCAACAGCGAACAACAGAAGGUUCGCAAUGUCUGACGAGAUCGCGCAAGACGACGACGGCUUUGAGAUUGCAUCGAUCAGGGACUCGAUGGACAUUGAUGAUGACCUCGAACUUGGUGGGCCUGGCGAAUCGAAGCCUCCUCCGUAUGAUGCACCGAGAGCAACAUCAUCUGCUAACAGAGAUGCAUCGCCUCUGCCGGCACCCAUACCGACAAAGCCCGCGCCUCUGCCGCGCGAAUCAUUAGAUGGUGAGACGAUCUUCGCUGUGGGCGAUGAGGACAAGUUCUCAGACGACGAAGACGAUGAUGAUGUUGGUGAAGGGAAGCGAUUGACUGGAAAGUCUAGUUAA